AUGUCAAAUGAAGCACGUCCAUAUAAACGAAGUAUUCAUUCACGAUGUCCACCAACAUGUUCAAUUUAUUGUCCAUGUGGUAAUGUUCUCGAUAAAAGUAAUUGUCCAAUAUGUCGUUGUCGACCAUCGAUUGUUUGUACUGGACGACGUCCCAAUGCUCAUCCAAGACAUCAUCAAAGUCAUAGUAAAUCACGCAUUCUCUAUUAA